AGCUGUGAAGGCCGUUUCUUGCCUUUUGCUUUUGUAGUCAAGGCUCUCUAGCUUUCUUUAGAGCAAAACCAACUUGGUUUUCUUUCUCUCUUUCUAUCCUCUUCUCGUAUGUCUCUGUGCAUCUCUCUCUCUCUCUCUCUCUCUCUCUCUCUCUCUCUCACAAACCGCCUAGCAAAUAAGGCUUUAAGGGCUUAAAGGUGGUAUGUAGUUAGGGGUUUGAUGACAACUUUUCCUUUUUUUUCUCACUGCCCCUUCAGUUAAAGUAGAGAGGGAAACUCUCAUCUCUCUCUCUGGUGUUUUCCAUGGUUAAAGCAGGUUUAUAGCUCAAUCUCUCACUGUGACAGUUUCUUUCUUUUUCUCUCCCUAGCUUACCUCAGAUCCCUCUUCUCUCCUCCUCACUGAUUUUCCUCAAUCAAAAUAUCUGUAUUUCUGUCUUGGGUUUCAUAUAUCUCACUUGGGUUCUGCAAAAAUCCCUCCUUUUUCAUAUUAAUUGGAUUCGGCAAAGGGAGAAAACUUUACAAUCUUUCAAAACUUGUUUACGAUAUUUUGCUUCUUUCUUCAUUAGCUUGAUGAAGCUGUUCUUCUUGCCUGAUAUUUAGUUCGUAUAUCGAUCCUCAAUCAAAUUCCCAGAAUCAAUCCAGCAAAUAUAUAUAUAUAUAUUAUAUCGAAUAUAUGUUUUUCAUUACUCUUUUUUAAGAGUUCCCUUUUGUGCACACAGUUCAUCAGCAGAUCUCAAUCAAAUUUGUGUAUGAGUUGUGUAUAGAGAGAAAGCGGCUGGGAUAUGAGCAGCAGGCGUUUUUACAAGAAUGACGAAAAUUUCACAGAAGACGGUAUGUUGAUGAGUUUGAGAGAAAGUAGAAGAUAGCAUCUCAUUUGAAAAGAGCAAUGAGUAAGAGUAAUUUGGGGUCCAUCAGAAGUUCUGAUCUCAUUGAUGCAAAGCUUGAAGAGCAUCAGAUGUGCGGAUCCAAGCAGUGUCCCGGUUGUGGACACAAGUUCGAAGGAAAGCCGGACUGGUUAGGUCUACCAGCAGGAGUGAAAUUUGAUCCAACAGAUCAAGAACUAAUUGAACACCUUGAAGCAAAGGUAGAAGCCAAAGACUCCAAAUCUCACCCUUUGAUUGAUGAAUUCAUCCCUACAAUUGAAGGAGAAGAUGGGAUUUGUUACACCCAUCCUGAAAAACUUCCAGGAGUCACAAGAGAUGGGUUGAGCAGGCACUUCUUCCAUAGGCCAUCAAAAGCCUACACAACUGGGACAAGAAAGAGAAGAAAAAUCCAAACAGAAUGUGACUUGCAAGGAGGGGAAACAAGGUGGCACAAGACAGGCAAGACCAGGCCAGUCAUGGUGAAUGGAAAACAAAAAGGCUGCAAGAAAAUUCUAGUCCUCUACACUAACUUUGGGAAAAACCGAAAACCCGAAAAAACGAAUUGGGUGAUGCACCAAUACCAUCUUGGGCAGCAUGAGGAGGAGAAAGAAGGAGAGCUUGUGGUGUCAAAGAUAUUCUAUCAGACUCAGCCAAGGCAAUGCAACUGGUCUGAUAGAGCUAGUGCUACAACUGGAGAAGGAAGCAGUGAUAUUAUGGCUACUACUAGCAGAAGAGAUAGUGGGAGUGGGAGUUGUUCUUCUAAGGAAAUAUUACCUUCUCAUCCUCAUAGAGAUCAUGAUCAAAUGGCGGCAACAGCAGUAGCUGCGGUUGCUUCUGCUGCUCCAAUUUCAAGCUACAGUGGCAUUGACAUUCAUCAGCUGAAGUCAGACCACUUCAGCUUUGGCCCCUUCAGAAAAAGCUUUGAUGAGGUGGGGAUAGGAGGAGAGGCGUCGACGGCAAGGGAAAGACCAGAAACUGGCACGUGCGAAGAGAUACAAGAGCACCACCAGAGAUCAGUAGCAGUACAGCGUCAUCAUCACCAUCAUCAUCAUAUGGGCCAUGAACUAGUACCUGAUCAUCAGCAGCAGCAUCAACAUGAACAUCAACAACAGCAGCAGCAGCAACUGCACCAUCAUCAACAAAUUGCAACAGCUACAGCUUUCCACAUCAAUCGCCCUUCACAUCCCAUUUCCACCAUCAUCUCUCCAUCUCCUCUCCACCACACCUCCAUCAUUCUUGAUCAGGACUCCUACUCCCGGUUGAUACUUCAAAACGAAAAUUUCCAGGCACAGCAACAACAACAGCAGCAUCAACAGCAGCAACACCACAACCAACAACAGCAUCAUAAAAUGGGAGAUAGGUCUGCAUCUGGUUUGGAGGAACUAAUAAUGGGCUGCACUUCCAGCAGUAGUAAUAUCAAAGAAGAGUCAUCCAUGCCAAACCCUCAAGAGGCAGAGUGGAUGAAGUACUCUUCCUUCUGGCCUGACCCUGACAACCCAGAUCAUCAUGGGUAGAAGAGCACACAAAAAAAAUAUAUUAAUAGAGAGAGAAUAAUAAACUCACCGUCAUCGAUCACAGUCACAGUCACAGCAACAUCAUUGUCAUCAAUCAUCAUUUUUAUUUUCCCACCACCAUCCCUCAUGAAGUUGCUUUCGAAAGUGAGAAGCCAAGAAGUUAUAACCAUCCAUGGUUUCGUUUGGUCACCAACUUUUUUCUUUCUUCUCUCUCUCGGCUUUCAACUGAACUAACUGAGCAAACGGUCCAAUGUUGGAAAGGAAAGAGAGAAGAGGAGAAAGGAAAAAAGGGGGGAAAAGUAAAAGAAAAGAAAGAAACGAAGGAAAGGCUGCAUGCUGCUCUCUCUUCUGACAAAAUAGAAGGAGAAACCGAAGACCCAAAGCAAAUCCAUUGUUAUUCUCUUCGUGCAUGAAAAUCAUCACCAUUAUCAUUGCACAAUAUCAUCUUUAUGGGCUAUAUCUUAUUAUUAUUUUAUUUUUAUUUUUUAAAUGUUUGUAUAAUGUUUCUUUUUUCUUGUUCUUUUACAGAAAAAAAUAUCAAAGAGUUUGCGCCAACUAAUGCAACAUAUACUUUGUUAA